CUGUAUUCUUUUUUUUUUUUUCUAACUUGAUUUUCUAUAUGGGACCUGAAGAAAUAGACUGGAUUCUUCCUGUAGUGAUUUAUUCUGUUCUAUUCAUAGUACUAGUGAUACGUUAUCAAAGAAAUUCACGCGUUUUUUGUCAACUUGCCAUCUUUUGCCUAUCAACCACUAUAUGGACGGUUACUUUCAUGAUGAUACACCAUUGGCUACAUUAUAGAAUACCAGUACUCCAAAUCUUCCCACUCUUAUCUACGAUUCUCUAUAGCGCACUUGUGGAUACCCAAUACCGUUUUUUUCAAUUCUAUGCCACCAUCCUCGACAAUUAUGCACGAUGGGCUGCUUUGCACAUGGAUGUUUCGCUUGGCAAAAAAAACUCUCACCAUUAUCAACAACAACAACAACAAUCAUCUCCUACCAUAAACAGCCAUUAUUAUACUUUUGUAUGGUUAUGGAUGAAUUUGAUCCUACUGGUUUUAUACGGAUGUGCAGGUGUUUCCUCCAUAGUAUGUCAGAUUAUUUUCAAUGAUGAUGAUCAAUGGAUGCUCUCCACUUCAAUAGGUUUAUCUAUUCAAUCUGUGUUCAUUGUGAUCAAUCUCCUAUCAUCUCUCAUUACUAGAUACAAAAUGAAAUAUCGGCAGCAGCAACAGUCAUCUAAGAAUGCCUUUUCAGAUAAAUCUAUUCAACCUUCACUUGUAUUGAUCUAUAUUCCCAUCUUGUUCCUGAUAUCUUGUUUAGUCCUCACCUUGGUAUCUUGGUUUGUCUACAGUAAUAUAUUAGAACUCGCAACUGAUCGUUGGUGGAUAAUAAUCAUCAGUCUUCACUACAUCCUUAUUGCUAUUAUGAUUUUUCUGGAAGUAUUUUCUAUAAAACCUUAUCCACUUCUUAUUUCAUCUCAUAAUAUAGAUUGUUUACCAUGAAAAUAAAAAUAAAAUAGUUUCUAUUUUAGGAAGCGGG